AGCAGCCCAAAUGGAACCUGUCGAUCAUCUCCACUCGUCACCACAAAAAUGCCACGAACAUUCUCAGACGACGAAGCCGCAACCAUCGCCAUCGCCACAUUCUCGCACACUAGCCUACCCCCCGCCCAGCUCGAAGCAAUAGCCACAAUCGCAACCCAGCUCGAUUCCGAAGUCCCCUUCGUCGAGGACCUAACCACCCUCUUCACCGCCUAUUCCACCCUCUACUUCCGCUCGCUCCUGCAAGCAACCACCACCUUCGCCUGGUCCACCCGCAUGACCUCCUGCGCAGGCACGUGUUCCCUCCUCAUCGACAAGAGCACCAAGCUUCCGCACGACCCGCGGCAAUGCGCCGUGCGCCUCUCCGAGCCACUCCUCAAAUUCCGCCCGCGCAGCGACACGCUGAACACACUGCUGCACGAGAUGAUCCACGCAUACCUGUUCAUCGCGGGCGGACGUCACGUGCGCGGCGACGAUCCGACGGGUCACGGAGCGGGCUUCCAGCGUAUGGCGUUUGCGAUCAACGAACAUGGCGGGUAUGACAUCUCGUCUACGCACACUUUCCAUGACGAGGUCGAGAGCUAUCAGACACAUGUGUGGCAGUGCACUGGGAGUUGUAGGGAGCUGCCGCCGUUUUGGGGCGUCGUUAGGAGAGCGAUGAAUAGACCGCCUGGACCGAGUGAUACUUGGUUUGAGGAGCAUAGGAACAGGUGUACUGGCGGGAUGUGGGUCAAGAUCUCGGAGCCGCCGCCGAAGGUCAAGCCCGCGAAGGCAGGGCCAGUCCAGAAGAAUAAGAUCGAUCAGUGGGUCAGGAAAGAGGGGUCGGCGAAGAGUGGCAGUGGGCAUAGCGGCAAGAGGGCACUACCGGCGGACAGCGAGAGCGAAAGUAAAAAAUCGAAUCAUAAGCGGCCAAAGGCAAAGGCAAAGGACCCGUCGCCUCCGCCGGAGGUUUUGGUGGAAUGUCCAGUGUGUCCUGCGCGCAUAGCCGAGAAGGAUAUCAAUAUCCAUCUCGACAAAGUCCACGGCUUUUGACCGAAGAUGCGAUUUGAGAUAGCAGUUCCGAACCCACGACAAAGUACUAGUAAAGUCGGGUGGUCACUGUCCCCACAACACUGUGAAAGCGGCGAAGCGCAAGAGAUCAAUGACUGAGGCGAAGCUCAUAGGUUGGGUCCUGGGGGACAGUCUCAAUACAAAAGCCCGGCACAGGUGCAUUUGGGCGAGUUGGUUGGCAUUUUCAAUGUACAAACACAAAAUACCAAGGAAGAAGUUUCUGCGGAAUCGACGAACGAAUGAGAUUUCAUGAAGCCUCAUUUAUAUACUCUGCGGGUU